AUGAGUCUCCAUCCGUUCAUCAUCUGUUUUGGAAUAAUUACUUGGGCGGCAGUAAAUGCUGUAGACCCAUCAACGAUUACUGACACCCUUAGUCUUGCUAACGACCUGGGAGGAUUCAUUGAAAGCCAAGACUUUUCAAAAACAGCAUCAAAGCUUAUUUCUUCCGUCAGCCCAUAUCUUGGUGUUAUCGGGUCCGUUUUAUCUUUUGCCUUCAGUUUUUUGCACACUGGUCCUUCUGCAGAACUUCUCGCUAUUCAGAAGCUCUAUAAAGAAGUUACUCUAAGAUUCGAUCGUAUAGAUCAUCAGUUUGCUACUAUUUCCCGCGAAAUCCACUGGGUAAAUAUCGAGACCCAUUAUGGUAGUUACGAAAGCACUAUUCAUGUAGUGGGAGAAAAAUAUAGAGCUAUGGCCGCAUCAACAAGUAAAACCGAGUACAACGCUAGGAAGGAAUUUUUCAUCAACAGCUACAAGCAAUAUGAUGAAGCUGGUGGUAAGAUUUACGAUGGCGUUAUGGGACAAAGUAACCUGUUUAACGGGCCAAUUUUCGACGAGGCGAUCAGGCAUUUAGAAUGGGAUCGAAAGAAAACACAACAAUUUAUGCUAGGCGUUACAAAAUUACUAAUUGAUGCAGCAGCAAUAGAAGUAGCAUAUUACGAACUUACAAAGCCGCAUUUGGCGUCCUUUAUUCAGCAUGACUGGAGAGUAAAGUUUGAACAUUUGAAAAAUACACUGACAACAGCAGACCAUAAGCUGAUGACGCAAUAUGGCAGUCAGUUAGCAACUGACGUAGACAAGUUCGUUGCAAACCACGCCCAUUCAAGCAAUUGUGACAUUACCAAUCCUCUACAGAGCCAGCUCUCACAUAAAUAUUACUGGCGUAACUGGCUUGUCGUUACCAGUGACCACAACACCGACCCUAAAAAGUACGUGGUUCAUGUUUGCCCAGGAAUUGGAGGAGUCAUUAACAACAACCAUGGAAAAAACGUUGUAGUAGCUAGUCUUGAUGCCCAUAAAUCUCAUCUAAGCACGACUCAGCAACACGUCAUCAACUACGUACACACGACACAUACAUAUCAUAUCAUGCAUGGUGGAAAACGAGAUGUCGAAAAACGUCUAACCGGUCAUCGCAGAAAUGAUGCCAAUGUAGCUUAUGGUUCGUUUCCAAACGAGGCCCGUACCUCUUGCCAUACCUAUGGUUCAGUAGGUGUAAUUGACCGCGGGCUUCAUACCUGUUUUAGGUCCCCUGCUGCUCACCUUUAUACACGUGAUGACGGUCAUUACUACAAAGUCUACGCUUUCGGAUAAAUUAUGAAUUAUAUAUAGUGAGAUAAUAUUAAAUUCAUGAUAAAAGUCACAUUCUCUCAAGAAGUUUAUUU